AUGAUGCUUCCCAUAACCAGCCAAUUGUACCAAGUUCAGCAGAUAGCCGCUGGUGAGCAUGAUGUAUUGGCUUUCGGUCUGGUUUCUCACGUUUCAGGUUCUGCAAUUCGGACUGAAACGACCGACCCUCUGUCCCUGUUUAAUCUAAUUUGGUGUCAGUCUAUUACUCUACCUUUUCUCCCAUUGCCUGCCCACCCUUCUGGAUCCUGGGUCCCUUGCGGACCUGCUUCAUUAUUUUCGGAAGAGUUUUCCUCACUUGCUAUUAUCUUGCGGUUCCCCUUGAAUCGGUCAUUUCAUCCGGAGUUUCAAUUAAAUAAUUCCUUUGUGCUCCCUUGGCGCCUAGCAUAG